UGGCCGCUGACGCGACAGGACGCGCAUGUCUGUACAAAAACAUUUGUAAAAAAAAUAUGUCGAAGUGCCUCAAAAAUUAAAACUAGUGAAUACUAUUUUGGUGUAUUAAGUUAUUUCAACUUUAGUGUUUGGUCUUUUUAAGUGUCCAGCUGACAAUAAUAGAGCUUAGUAAUAGGUUUAUAAGGCGUCAAGAUUGCUAAGAAGAAGGUAAAACGUUGUCGCGCGGAGUUGGCGGUGAGCGAGGGCGUGAUGGUGAUGGCAAGCGGCGGCGGCGGGCUGGUGCAGUCCCCGCCCGACAUGCUGCAUCACCACAACCUCAUGGACACCUCCAGCCACGUCGAGAUGAUGCCCAAAAAGCUCCGACUAUCGUUAUGCGUCGGAUGCGGCGGGCAGAUCCACGACCAGUACAUCCUCAGGGUAGCACCGGACCUGGAGUGGCACGCCGCCUGCCUCAAGUGCCAGGAGUGCCGUCAGUUCCUCGACGAGAGCUGCACGUGCUUCGUCAGGGACGGCAAAACCUACUGCAAGCGGGACUACACUAGGUUAUUCGGUACGAAGUGCGACAAGUGCGGAUCUUCGUUUAGCAAGAACGACUUCGUAAUGCGAGCCAAGACGAAAAUCUACCACAUCGACUGCUUUCGCUGCUGCGCCUGCGCGAGACAACUAAUACCUGGAGACGAAUUCGCGUUGAGAGAAGGCGGUGCUUUAUACUGUAGAGAAGACCACGAUGUUUUAGAAAAGACUGCGAACACGAGUAGCGGUAGCGGCGCCGAGAGCAACAACAACACCACCCUUAGCAACAACAACUCGCACCAUCCGCACGAGUUGGGCUCUAUGUCUGAUUCCGGUAGUGAAUCAGGGUCUCACAAAAGCGGCAGGGCGCGGACUACUGCUGCAGCAGAUGGAAAACCGACAAGAGUUCGCACUGUACUUAAUGAAAAACAACUACAUACGCUUAGAACUUGUUAUGCGGCUAAUCCCCGGCCCGAUGCUCUGAUGAAGGAACAGUUAGUGGAAAUGACUGGACUCAGUCCCAGAGUCAUAAGAGUCUGGUUCCAGAACAAGCGUUGUAAAGAUAAGAAAAAAACUAUUCAGUUGAAAAUGCAGAUGCAGCAGGAGAAGGUGGAAGGCCGCCGCAUGGGGUACAUGUCGAUGGGAGUGCCGCUCGUAGCGGGCUCGCCGGUGCGGCACGAGCCGGCGGGCAGCCUGGCCCUGGAGGUGACAGCGUAUCAGCCGCCCUGGAAGGCAUUAUCGGACUUCGCACUACACGCUGACUUAGAUCGCGCGCCGCAUCACAGCGCAGCGUUUCAGCAACUGGUGAACCAGAUGCAUGGUUAUGACGUGCCAUCGCUGCCACCUCCACGGCCGCCUCACGGCGAGGACAACUACGUGACCUACCUUGAGAGUGAUGACAGUUUGCCGCCUUCACCCUAGUGCACCCUAACGUAAUGGCCACAAGGCCUACGAAUCAGUGCUGUCUGACUGAAAAGAAACAGUGCAUUGUUUAGGAUAAAUAUUCGCAAAUACCGUGACAUUACAUACAAUGUUAACGGUGCCGAUCAAGUAUUUGUUUAAAGCCUAUUACUGUAUCUUCAGUCAGAAUUAAUGAAAUUUGAACGGACUCGAACACACAAGAAAUCUUACAGUUAGCAUUAAAUUAUCAUCUGUGUUAAUGGAUAUUGAAUGUAGGGGAUAGUGCAAAAUUUAUGCUAUUAUUCUUUUUAUAUUUAUGGUUUGAUAAGUUAUUGAUUUUGAAAUUAUAACCUACCCUUAUUUAAUGUCUUUCUUCUAAAUACUUCCUGUGGAGCAAGUGUUAAAUCGAUUGUCUUGCUAAUAAAAAAAUCACUAAGAAAUACGAAAAAUAAACAAUACAUUUUGUAAUUAAUGUCAUUAAGCGCUGCUUUUAAGUAAAUUCAAAAAAUAUUGUAAUAGUUGAAUUCUUGAAUUACGCGUGCUUAAACUUAUAUUUCAUCGAAUUACGUACCAAUGCGUAAAGCAUAAUCAAAGCAGAAGUAAAGUAAUGCCAGGGGCGGCUCACUCCGCGAUCCUUUCACCGCGCUACAAGUACAUGCCGGCGGCCGCGAGUUCGCGGCCUAUUCAAGACUGUGUGUGGACAGUCGUGAAAUUGUAUAGAACUCCGUGCAGUCGAUCAGAUUUUUGUAAGAUUAUCUUUUUUUCAGAUUAUGAAUUUUAAGACUGUCUGUUGCCGGCCUUACAAAUCAGAUGACCUAUUAAAAAUUAACAAAACUUGUAUAUUUGUUAAGUUAAAAAUAUUAUGCUUUUAUGUGAUGUUUACCAUUAGUUUAUUAGUAAUAAAUAAUUUAUGUAUUUUCAUAUUUUGACUAAGUACCCUAUGUGUAUUUUUUUACAUAAUUAAACUAAGAUCAAGAUCUGUUAGCCUUUGUCAUGUAUAUAGAUUUUGUGUACAUACAAUGUAAAAAUUGCAUAUAAUAAACAUAAUUGAUGAAUUACUACUAGCUACUAAAUGAUCAGUAUAACUUAGUUUAAGAGAACAAAAACAAACUGAACAAAAACAUGAUGAUGAGUGUAAAAAUGCCUUUUGAAGUCACUUUAUUUAAAUGUAUCAUGAACUAAAAACAGUUACCUAUUCGCACAAUUUUGUACAAUCUUAUCUUCGUAUAAGUAUUAUGAUCUAAACAGAAAAACAAGCUUUUGCUUUUGUUUCUUGUAUAAUACGUUAAAACAUUUAAAACAGUUUUAUAGAGAUUACCAACUUUUAAUUUAUUUUGUAGUUAUUAAAAUUAUGCAAUGUACCUUAGAUUGUGAGCAUAUUAAUAAAAACAAUGAGUACUUGA